GAGGGAACAAGGGUGACUGCAAGAAUUCAGCUCAAGUGCAGUGUUAAACUUCACCGCUAAAAGAUGAAGACACAACUCGGGGCAUUUCUCAUCUCCUGUCUGCUUUCUACUGUUUAUAGUGACGGCUCUGUAGAGUACUGCUAUAACUUGCCAAAAUGCAACGCAAGCACAUGGUCUACAAUAGCACCACACGAAUGCAAUGGCACUAAUCAGUCCCCCAUCAAUAUUGUGACUGCUGAUGUGAAGCCUGAUAGCAACCUGACAGCCUUCAGCUUCAGAGGCUUUAAUGACAGCUCCGCUCUCUUAAACAUCGAAAACACUGGAAAGGCAGUAAAGAUUGUCCUUGAUGAUCAAAAGAUGAGCGUGUCAGGAGGAGGCCUUGGGAGCCAGUACAAUUCCACCCAGUUCCACUUUCACUGGGGCAACGGCUCCUCUGUGAACGGAUCAGAACACACUGUGGACGGCAGACAAUACGCAAUGGAGAUGCACAUAGUAAACCUUAGGACUGAUUUAAAUGCGACUGCUGCUGCCAACAACUCGAAGGGAUAUGCUGUUCUGGGUUUCUUUAUUGAAGCAACCAAUGAGAGUGGCAAACCAGAGAGCUGGAAGAACCUCACCUCAUUCUUAGCAAACAUUACUAACGGAGGUGAUUCCCUGGACAUUAUGAAUCAACUUACUGUAGACAGUCUGAUUCAAGGAGUGAACCUGACGAAUUAUUACCGGUACCAAGGCUCUCUGACCACACCAUCAUGUAAUGAAAUUGUUGUCUGGACUGUAUUCAAAGACCCAAUCAAAGUCAGCAAAGAUUUGAUCAGUCUUUUCAGCAACACAGUGCGCAUCAACACAACAACCGAUCCACUCAUCACCAGCAACUUCAGACCGGUUCAGGCUCUGAAUAACAGAGUUGUGACAUCACAACCAACACCAUCAACAAGCGCCUCUUCAUCAGCAGGCACUCUACAUCACACUCUGUCCAUCAGCACAGCGCUGCUCUAUUAUGUAUUGUUUCGGUGUUUGUGGAGCCUGUCUACCAUGACACUGAUGUGAUACUGAGAGCGCUCGUUUAGUCUAGAUACUUUUUCUACUGAAUGUAUAAAUCAUUUCUGAAUCAAUUAAUGCGCACACAUGAAUAUUUAAAUUAUCAUUAAAUUACUGUAUUUAUUCUCUUUAAUAGAGAGAUAUUAAAAACUACAAAUAAUAACUACAAAAUGAAGAAAAUCCCUCGCUAAAAGCCCUGUUAGCGAGUCAGGGAGCGCAAAUGAAAUUAUAUGUUUUGUAUGUACAUCUUUGUAUAUUGUUCAG